CAGCAAUUGUAUUUGAUCAAGGGAUUCUAAGAAAAGAAUUUGACAUGGCAGGUGGAAGUGGAGUUUCAGCAGUAAAGCCACGGACCAACUUCGUAGAGACCUGGCUUUGGGAUACUGUUGACACUGGGAGUACAGGAAUGGCUUCAUUGGCGAAAACUGCGCCAGACACAAUAACCACUUGGGUGACCACAUUAUUUGGUAUGCAUCCCUCUGAAGGAUUUAUUCCAUACAACCAAGAGGUUGAAUUGACCACCCUCAAGGAUUUCUACAUCUCAUUGGGGCUUUCUUACUCUUUUAUUAGAGGAGAGGAAUUUGAUUUGAAUGUCUAUGUUUUCAAUUACAUUCCCAAAGAGGAAACGGUCACGGUUCAGUUAAUGAAUUCUGACAAUACUGUAAAAGAAGAAAAAACAGUUAAGAUGGCUGCUGAUCAGACUGAAGUUGCCGUAACAUUUAAAAUGGAAGCAAAAGAGAUUGGCAAAGUCCCUGUGUUGGUGCAAGCUUCUAUUCCUGGCCACUCCGAUGCGGUUCAAAGAUACUUGAACGUCAUAGCAGAAGGUUCUACAUUUGAGAUGAGUCAGCCCUUGUCAGUAAAUGUGUCCUCCAAGGAAUCUUUCACGAAAGUAGUCAAUAUCGAAUAUCCACCGGAUGUUGUGGAGGGAUCCGAGGUUGUGUCCGUGUCAGUCAUUGGUGAUAUGAUGGGACCAAUAUUAAAUGGACUUGACCAUUUGAUCAGGUUCCCCACAGGCUGUGGGGAACAGACCAUGCUAUCACUGUAUCCCAACGUGCUCGUCUACUUGUACCUCGAAGCCCGAUCACAACUCGAUACGUCAACAAAACGGAAACUUGAGAAAAACACCAAUGGAGGUUACCAAAAUGAAUUAAGGUACCAGCACAAAGAUGGGUCAUUCAGUGCUUUUGGGGAUAGAGAUGAAUCAGGAAGUACUUGGUUGACAGCUUAUGUGAUUAAAUGCUUCUGUAAAGCAAAACACCAGAUGAAAGGUGUAACAAUUGACAGCAAAGUGAUAGAGAAAGCAGUGUCUUGGUUACUCGAACGGCAGCAAAAAGAUGGGUCGUUUAAAGAAGUUGGCAAUGUCAUCCAUAAAGAUAUGCAGGGUGGAACAUCCUCCGGUGUUACCCUGACUGCUUUUGUUGCAAUCAGUCUCCUUCAGUGCCAAGAAGCAACCAUAGUCGACGUCAAAGACCCACUCAAAAAGACGGCUGAGUAUCUCCGUUCUUGGGUCAACAACAGGAUGGCCAAGGACGAUUACUCCCGUGCCGUUGUCCUCACAGCAUUUGCCUUUUUGAAGGACGACGAAUACUUUAACAUGGUCAACAAAGGAUCUUUCAGCGUGGCAUCAAAACCAG